UCCACCGCCGAACGGAAAACUCUGCACGCACUUGGAACUAACUCAGAUAUUUUAGUUUUUUUCUUUUCUCGAGAGUCUCUGAAAAAACAAACUUCAAUAAGAUAUGGUUGUUUCCGUUAAGGUCUUCAAGAAGGCCACGCCCAACGGCAAGGUCACCUUCUACUUGGGCCGCCGCGACUUCAUUGACCAUCUGGACUACUGUGAUCCCGUGGAUGGAGUGAUUGUGGUGGAGCCGGACUACCUGAAGAACAGGAAGGUCUUCGGCCAAUUGGCCACCACCUAUCGCUAUGGACGCGAGGAGGAUGAGGUCAUGGGGGUCAAGUUCUCGAAGGAACUGAUCCUCUCCAGGGAGCAAAUCGUCCCAAUGACCAACCCGAACAUGGAGAUGACCCCCAUGCAGGAGAAGCUGGUGCGCAAACUGGGCGCCAACGCCCAUCCGUUCACCUUCCACUUCCCGCCCAACUCGCCAAGCUCCGUGACCCUGCAGCAGGAGGGCGACGACAACGGCAAGCCUCUGGGCGUGGAGUACACCAUCCGUGCCUUUGUGGCCGACUCCGAGGAUGACCGCCAGCACAAGCGCAGCAUGGUCAGCCUGGUGAUUAAGAAGCUCCAGUAUGCUCCUCUGAAUCGCGGCCAGCGCCUGCCCAGCUCCCUGGUCAGCAAGGGCUUCACCUUCUCCAACGGCAAGAUCAGUCUGGAGGUCACGCUCGAUCGCGAGAUCUACUACCAUGGCGAGAAGGUGGCCGCCACCGUCCAGGUCUCCAACAACUCGAAGAAAUCCGUGAAGAGCAUCAAGUGCUUCAUUGUGCAGCACACCGAGAUCACCAUGGUGAAUGCUCAGUUCAGCAAGCAUGUCGCCCAGCUGGAGACCAAGGAGGGCUGCCCCAUCACUCCGGGCGCCAAUCUUACCAAGACCUUCUACCUCAUUCCUCUGGCGGCCAACAACAAGGAUCGCCAUGGUAUUGCUCUGGAUGGGCACUUAAAGGAUGAGGAUGUCAAUCUGGCCUCCUCCACCAUGGUCCAGGAGGGCAAGUCCACGGGCGAUGCCUGUGGUAUCGUCAUUUCGUACUCGGUGCGCAUUAAGUUGAACUGCGGCACACUGGGAGGUGAAAUGCAGACGGAUGUGCCCUUCAAGCUGCUCCAACCGGCACCUGGAACCAUUGAGAAGAAGCGUUCCAACGCCAUGAAGAAGAUGAAGUCCAUCGAGCAACAUCGCAAUGUCAAGGGCUACUACCAGGACGAUGACGACAAUAUUGUUUUCGAGGACUUUGCCAAGAUGAGGAUGAACAAUGUCAACAUGGCGGACUAGGCCAAUGGGAGCUCUAACCUUUAAGAAUUGUUGUGAACCGAAGGAAACCGAAACCGAAAUCGAAAGCACUGAAAACACUGUUGCAGCAGUCCUUGGUGGAGGCCACAAUCUUUGUAUUAUAACCAUAUCUCUAUAUAGAAACUUUGGUGGAUCUGGAGUUUGUACCCGUACUUAUGUUGAAGUGUUGAAACCUAUAUUAUAAAUGUGUUAUGGCUAUCAAAACUUA